GCGGCGCCGUGGGGUCCGGCCAGGUUCCCGGCCAUGUCAGCGCUACGAUACCCGGCGUGCAGCGCUACGAUCCCGGCGUGCAGCGCGGCGCGCAGAGCCGUCUGCGGGGCGGUUGGCCCAGGCGGCGGAAGCCGUGGUGUCUCGCUGUGGGGUUGUGUGUGCACCGGAGGCCGGAGGCGAAAAGUAGGGGUCGACAUGGAAGUGAAGGAUGCCAAUUCUGCACUGCUCAGUAACUAUGAGGUGUUCCAGUUACUAACUGAUCUGAAAGAGCAGCGUAAAGAAAGUGGAAAGAAUAAACACAGUUCGGGGCAACAGAACUUGAAUACUAUCACCUAUGAAACAUUAAAAUACAUAUCAAAAACACCAUGCAGGCAUCAGAGUCCUGAAAUUGUCAGAGAAUUUCUCACAGCAAUGAAAAGCCACAAGUUGACCAAAGCUGAAAAGCUUCAGCUGCUGAACCACAGGCCUGUGACUGCUGUUGAGAUCCAGCUGAUGGUGGAGGAGAGUGAAGAACGGCUGACAGAGGAGCAGAUCGAAGCUCUGCUCCAGACCGUCACAAGCAUUCUCCCUGCAGGCCCAGAGGCAGAGCAGAAGAAAAACACCAACAAUGAUGUGACAAUGGAUGAAGAGGACCCAGCGUAGAAGAGCACAGCUGGCCCAAGUGUCCCGUGAAGUUGAAAGGCCCACCAGCUGUUUCCCAGAUGUUCAGAGGAUUGUUUAUUUGGUUUUACCUUCAACAGGCCUGAUUUCUUGGUUAGUUGGGUAAACCACAGAAAUAAGCCCUUCUCAGAAAUAAGCUAAAAAGAAAUCCUUGUGCCUCUGGGAGAAGGAUCAUGUGGAAGACAGGCUGAGAUUGUCAGGGCAGAAAGCUUAAGAGAGGAGGACAGCAUUGAAAAGGACAAUGACUGUGGAACCCUCUGUGGUAAAAGCAUUUCUUCUGUGGCCUUUGCUACAGUUGUGGGAAGGUCCCUGCACACAGCUGCUAAAAUACUUGUGUUGCUUUUGAUGGGCUGCAUCCUAAUUAGUUUCAUCUGCUUCCCCAGGAACUUCCCAAGCAGGGGGAAGAGCCCUGCUGGGAUGAGAACUGAGUUAUGAGAAUCCAGCUAGAUGGCUAAAAACUCCCAAAGCCGCAAAUUGUUGCUCUAAGUUAAAAUGAGACACUGAACUUGGCUCACCUUAGAGGACUUUUUUCCUUGAAAACAGCAGAGAUAAGAAAAGAACGACCUGGCCGGCCCUUCAUUGGGUCUAAAGGCUCCUUUCCUCUGCUGGCAUGAGCUUUGUUUAUCGGCUCGCUAGUUAGUCUUUAAAGUUAGGGCACCAGCUCACUUCAGUUGAAAAGAGGCGCUCCAGACUGGCAGUGGCAGCAGAAAUACAGCAUCGCCUGCCUUUCUGAUCACCUUCAGUUUCCUGCCCCGUGACAAGUGCUGCCCCCCUUGAGGCCAGGUGAGCUUUAUUUGCACAACAGGCAAAUUGUUUGCAUUUUUAAAAAGGGCACAAUUAUGUAGCUCUUUUCAUGGACAGAAUAUGAAGAACUCUCGAGGUUAAUAAGAAUUUUGAACUUGUUGGCUGUUGCAAGGUUGCAUUAGUUUUUUUGAAUUUAACAUGGUAGAAUAAUUACCACGUGAAGAACUUAUUAAUAUUCAGGCUUUGGAGAGUUUAAUAGCCCCAGACAUGUGGUUGCCUUAGGUCCUAGGAAUAUUGUUAAAAA